AUGGUGAUGAUUCAAGAAGAAGAACAAGUGAAGGAGAAAGAACCAACACCACCGUCGCCUACUUCUUCAUCGUCCUUGGAUUAUGAAAAUCUUCCACCACAAAAGAUAAGGAGUCUUCAAGAAUUAUAUGAGGUGACAACUCCACUUAAUCUCAUUUGCCUUUGUGUUAAUGAAGAGAUUGUAUCUUUUGAAGAAGCUAUUAAAGAUAGCAAAUGGAAGAAAACCAUGGAUGAAGAGAUGAAGGCAAUUGAGAAGAAUGAAACUUGGCAUCUUACUACUUUGCCCAAUGGCCACAAACCCAUUGGUGUGAAGUGGGUUUAUAAAAUAAAGAAAAAUGCUCAAGGAGAAAUAGAAAAGUACAAAGCGCGACUUGUGGCAAAAGGCUACAAACAAAAAGUCGACAUUUACUACAAAGAAUUGUUUACUCUCGUUGCUCGAAUAGAGUCUAUAAGGUUGAUAAUCUCUUUAACCGCUCAACUAAAGUGA